AUGACUGACCAUUUAAUUGAAUUACGUGAACAAGCUGGCCUUGCUUCGUGCGCUAAACGUUAUAAUGAAGUAAUAUCUAUCUAUAAAAAUUAUCUAAAAAAUCAUGGUGACAUUCCACCACUUGAUCGUCAAAUGCUUUACAUAGCUUAUAAUAAACUAAUUCUGGAUUAUAAUUUCAAAUCUUAUUGGAAAUUAACAUCGAUUGAAUUGAGUAAAAAAAUUGAUUUCGAUUACUUGGAAAUAAUUGAAAAUGAAAUCGACUUUUUAUGCAAUGAUAUAAUACAAUUAAUUGAUAAUUAUUUUCUUGCAUCGACAUCAAAUAAAGAUUCGGAUAUUGUUAUGACAUUAAGACAACGAGGUGAUUUUCUUUUUUUUAAUUCAUCUAUUGCAAGACCAGCUACGAAACAAAUUAUGCUUCAAUCAGCUUUACGUUCCUACACUGAAGGUGUCGAACGAUCUCGUUUAACUUUGCCAAUAAAUGAACCUGAACGAGUAUUGAUUCAACUACGUAAAUAUGCCUGUGACGUACAGCUGUCCAAUGGCAUAUGCAAUUCUCAUACGCAUUCAGAAUUAGUUGAUGCUAUACAAGAAAUGAAAUCUUCUAUUUCAUCAUCGGACGAAAAUCCGUUACUUGUUCAAAUGGAAUCAUAUCGAUUGGAACUAGAAAAAAUGCAAUUUUAA